AUGACUCUUCCUACAUCUGUUAAUAAAUAUUAUAAGAUUAUUAUUCUUUUAUGUUUGCAGACCUGGAGAGGCUUCUAUCUGGGUGGCGUGAUUUUCCUAACUCUAGUUUCACUGGCACUUCAAUUUCAUCCUUCUUUCCUUACAUCACGCUGGGCUAUCAAAAGGCUUCUUCUGUUCAGUAGCUUGGUUGCAUAUGGUGUGGGUCCUUCACUUCACUGGGUGUUGCUGCUUGGUGGAUGGAGUGACUACACUGUGAGGCUAUUUAUACCAAAGGUGGCUGUGAUGUACUUGCUUGGAGUGUUGGCAUUAGGAUUUUAUGCAUUGAAAAUACCAGAACGUUAUUUCCCAGGUAAACUCAACUACAUAGGAUCUAGUCAUCAAUGGUGGCAUCUAUUUAUUUUAUUAGCUUUUUACUGGUGGCACAGAUCAAAUGUCAUCUACAUGAAGUAUAGACUGAAGUAUCAGUGUUCAACGCAUUAUGAACUUCCAUCUUCUGACGUGCCUUUUGAACUUUAAUAUUCCCAUAUAUUUUUGUAAUUAUAAACAUACUGAAAAAUAAACUAAUAUACUUUCAAUAAAAA